UUCCGGUAACCUCGGAACUUUAGUGCCGGCCGAUGUUCAGCGUGGGACGCAGACGCGCACGGCGGCGGGAGUUACUUCUGGCCGCCUGGCUUCUGUGAAUUGAGUUACGGCUGCAUCGUAAAAAUGGAGACGAUUUUGGAACAACAGCGACGAUAUCAUGAGGAGAGGGAGCGGCUCAUGGACGUCAUGGCAAAAGAGAUGCUCACCAAGAAGUCCACGCUCCGGGACCAGAUCAAUUCUGACCACCGCACACGGGCCAUGGAAGAUAGGUAUAUGGAGGUCAGUGGGAACCUGAGAGAUUUGUAUGAUGAUAAGGAUGGAUUACGAAAGGAAGAACUGAAUGCCAUUUCAGGACCCAAUGAGUUUGCAGAGUUCUAUAAUAGACUCAAGCAAAUAAAGGAAUUCCACCGGAAGCAUCCAAAUGAGAUCUGUGUGCCAAUGUCAGUGGAGUUUGAGGAGCUCCUGAAAGCUCGGGAGAAUCCAAGUGAAGAAGCACAGAACUUGGUGGAGUUCACAGAUGAAGAGGGAUAUGGCCGUUACCUUGAUCUCCAUGACUGUUACCUCAAAUACAUAAACCUGAAAGCAUCUGAGAAACUGGAUUAUAUCACAUACCUAUCCAUCUUUGACCAGUUAUUUGACAUUCCUAAAGAAAGGAAGAAUGCAGAGUAUAAGAGGUACCUAGAGAUGCUGCUUGAGUACCUCCAGGAUUACACAGAUAGAGUGAAGCCCCUGCAAGAUCAGAAUGAACUUUUUGGAAAGAUUCAGACUGAAUUUGAGAAGAAGUGGGAUAAUGGCACCUUUCCUGGAUGGCCGAAAGAAACAAGCAGUGCCCUGACCCAUGCUGGAGCCCAUCUGGACCUCUCUGCUUUCUCCUCCUGGGAGGAAUUGGCCUCCCUAGGUCUGGACAGAUUGAAAUCUGCACUCUUAGCUUUAGGCCUGAAGUGCGGUGGAACCCUAGAAGAACGAGCCCAGAGGUUGUUCAGCACCAAAGGAAAGUCUCUGGAGUCUCUUGACACGUCUCUGUUUGCCAAAAAUCCCAAGUCAAAAGGCACCAAGCGAGACACUGAGAGGAAUAAAGACAUUGCUUUUUUAGAAGCCCAGAUCUACGAAUAUGUAGAGAUUCUUGGGGAACAGAGACAUCUGACACAUGAAAAUGUACAACGUAAGCAGGCAAGGACAGGAGAAGAGCGAGAAGAGGAGGAAGAAGAGCAGAUUAGUGAGAGUGAAAGUGAAGAUGAAGAAAAUGAGAUCAUUUAUAACCCCAAAAACCUGCCUCUUGGCUGGGAUGGCAAACCUAUUCCCUACUGGCUGUAUAAGCUUCAUGGCCUAAAUAUCAACUACAACUGUGAGAUUUGUGGAAACUACACCUACCGAGGGCCUAAAGCCUUCCAGCGACAUUUUGCUGAAUGGCGUCAUGCUCACGGCAUGAGGUGUUUGGGCAUCCCAAACACUGCCCACUUUGCCAACGUAACACAGAUUGAAGAUGCCGUCUCCUUGUGGGCCAAGCUGAAGCUGCAGAAGGCAUCAGAACGAUGGCAGCCCGACACUGAGGAAGAGUAUGAAGACUCCAGUGGGAAUGUUGUGAAUAAGAAGACGUACGAGGAUCUGAAAAGACAAGGACUGCUCUAGUGUUGAAAUUUAUCUCUGUUCCAAGCUCCCCAGAGAUUGACUUUUUGUACUUUUCCUCACAAAAUGCUCCUAAGGACUCUUUGCUACGUAGUCUUGUGGCCUCGCAUGCAUCUUGUGAAAACAAGGCGUGCUGGCAGAUUGCAGGGUUGAUAUGUGUUUUAUAUUAAAAGAAUUGUCAGAAAAUAAAACCAGCAUUUGUUCU